CACUACGAAGACGUAAGGCGAAAAGGCGAUGCAUAUUUAAGCGGAACUCACUAUCGCGGACAACCCGAGCCGCAUCCAAGUGGACCGAACAGGGAACUCCUCCUGCUAAGCUCCACGGAAAGAAUCGCGAGAACCCACAUCAGCCAUUUGAAACGGUGUAUUUGGAUUAGUUCGUUCGACGAUUUUCUCCAAGUAGCACGGAGAUGACUAUGUUAACCGUCGCAAACGGGCCGAGCCAUGCAGCUUACACAUGGGCAGCCCAGGGAGGCGGAUUUGGCAACCAGACGGUGGUGGACAAAGUACCAGCGGAUAUGCUCCACAUGAUCGACCCCUAUUGGUACCAAUACCCACCGUUGAAUCCGCUAUGGCACGCGUUGCUUGGUUUCGUAAUCGGCGUACUCGGCGUGAUAUCCAUUACCGGUAACGGCAUGGUGAUCUACAUCUUCACCACUACCAAGAGCUUGCGUACUCCGAGCAAUCUGCUCGUCGUCAACCUCGCCGUUUCCGACUUCCUUAUGAUGGUGGCCAUGUCUCCUACUAUGGUGAUUAAUUGCUAUAACGAGAUGUGGGUGAUGGGACCCUUCUUCUGUGAAUUGUACGCUAUGGCGGGCUCCCUGUUCGGGUGUGGCUCCAUUUGGACGAUGACGAUGAUCGCAUUCGACAGGUACAACGUAAUCGUCAAAGGCUUGUCCGCUAAGCCGAUGACUAUCAACAGCGCCCUCCUUCGCAUAUUCGCCCUCUGGUUCUUGUCGUUGGCCUGGACGUUAGCUCCGCUGUUCGGCUGGAACCGCUACGUGCCCGAAGGCAACAUGACCGCCUGCGGCACCGAUUACCUGAACAAGGACAUGUUGUCUAAGUCAUACAUCCUGGUGUACAGCGUCUUUUGCUAUUUCUUGCCGUUGUUCCUCAUCAUCUACAGCUACUUCUUCAUCAUCCAGGCCGUUGCCGCUCACGAGAAGAACAUGCGUGAGCAAGCGAAGAAGAUGAAUGUCGCUUCUUUGCGAUCAGCCGAGAACCAGAAUACUAGCGCCGAAUGCAAACUGGCGAAGGUAGCUCUUAUGACCAUCUCUCUGUGGUUCAUGGCGUGGACACCGUAUUUGGUCAUCAAUUUCGCGGGCAUCUUCGAAACAACUAAAAUCAGCCCGCUCUUCACAAUCUGGGGCUCUGUCUUCGCGAAAGCGAACGCCGUGUACAAUCCGAUCGUAUACGGCAUCAGCCACCCCAAAUACCGGGCCGCUCUCUUCGAGAGGUUCCCGUCUCUCGCGUGUGCCACCGAGUCGGCGGCUGGCGCAGACUCGACGUCCACGACCACCACAGUCACGGAGGGUGAAAAGCCCGCCGCAUAAAGUAACGAUAUCACAUGCAUCUAUUUUUCGACGAUACAACAGACUCGUUAGAUAGACGCAAUGCAAUCAUGAUAUAGUAUCACAUUGUCGCCACGAAGGAGGAAUCGCGCCAUCGAGCACGGUAGUUGUAAAUAGUAUAUGCGGCAGUAUUUUGCGUGAGAAGACCAUUGUGAUCAACGAGAGAAAGAGAAAGAGAAAGGGGGAGGGGGAGGGAAGAGGAGGGAGCGCAUUCAAUCGUGAUACUAUGUUACAAUAAGAGAAACGCAAUCGCAUUUUUCUGCGAUUGACUGUGAUCCGAGCGGGGUGAUCGUCCAAGCCGAUAUGCGAAAAGUAUUCAACAACAAAAAGACCGAGAGCGAUAUGAAGAGUUUCGUUAUACCGAUAAAAUUGUUAAAGGACUGUCAAAACGGCAUUAUGAAUCAUCGUAUACGAUUCCGUCGCACCACAACGUGAAUUUCUUACGGAUGUUUCAUAAUGCAACCCUAGAUCAUAUUCUUCGGAGAACUACAAUAUACACAUGGCCAUUUUGGAAAAGAAAAUAAAAUAGACGGGUUGUCGUGGAUAUCCACGAUGCGUGUUAUAGCCAUAAGACAUCGGCGGUAGGAAGUCGUGUCUAUGUAAUAAAUUUUAUAAAACUACUGAAUAAAUUCUGCAAGCAAUCAUA